AUGGGAACCCCGAGACAGGCCACGUCAAUGGUUAGAGACAUUGUCAGAUAUGGCCCAGUCCCGCCCUCAAUGGCGGUUCUCCUUUCCCAACCCCCCCACCCACUUGACAGCCCACUGACAGUGCUGGAUUCAAACAAUAAUUUAUUAGCUCCCGCCUGCAAUGCGCAGCUACCUCUCCCUCCCCCCAAAGUCAUCGGUGAACAAAACUGCGGCAGCUAUAACCACUGUACGACGAAUACGCGGUUAUUACAGCUGACGACGAUGAUGAUGAUGAUGAGUUGCAAUAAAAUAAGCCAACUCAGUCCAACAAAAGGUGACUUGGCAGAAGGUAAAGUGAUUUACCGGUUUGGAUGUUUGUGUGAUUCACCUUCGAAGAUAGGGUCCCGGCGACCCAUUUUGAAUUUGGCUGGAGACGUUGCAAGAAAUCGCCGCCCAUCGAUGCCAAUGACACUAUGUUGGUUGACAUCUGGCUUAUUCCUGAAAAUCAAAUACAGGAUCGAAGUUCGGUUAGUCUAUAUUGACGCUACAAACUACGAACUUCGACUGAUUCUGAAGCUGUUGCACUGGGUCGCGCCGGUGUUGAUUUAUUCCUUAGUUCUUGCGCCAAAGAUUCAUUACGCUAGCAGCCGUUUGUUUGUCACGCCUAUUUAUGUACAAACGAACCAUAGCUCUGAUUUGUUGAGAGACACCUUCCACCGGGAGCCGACCACCCUCCUCUUCACCACGAAGAGCUUGGAUAUAAUCAUAUUAGCAGAAGACUUAAAUUCGUGGGUAGAACGCCUCAGUUCAGUUGGAACACGCCUCUGUGUGCUCGGAGACACUCAGAAGCCAGCUCGCCGUUUAGCAUUAGAAAAACUUUGUGAGCAACAAGUUGCGGAAAAAGUACUAUGCAGUGCAUUACAAGCGACCUCCGUGAAGGACACUGACGGUAAAUGGGAUAAGGUAACCAAGGCUAGACAUGAUGACCUCGUCUCUCCUUGUAGUGCUUCUGAGCGCGUACAUGGAUGCCAAUGGACCUCAGAACAGUCGGUAGCACUAAAUUCCCUCUGGUUCGCGGUAAAAUUUAGCUGGAACAUCGGUUGGAUGACGGCUCCAGCAUAG